CUUCUCAAGACUCCCGGGAAAACGGCUUCCAUGGCACAUUCUGCUCAGGGCACAUCUGGAAUGAGCGCUGUACACAGUUCUGCAGAGCGAGCAGAGUGUGCCCAAUCAUCAAGAAGAAAGAAUCUGACAGAUCCUCUUGAACAAAAGAUAAGGUGCUUAGAGAAGCAGAGAAAAGAGCUCCUGGAAGUUAAUCAGCAGUGGGACCAGCAAUUUAGAAGCAUGAAAGAAUUGUAUGAAAGAAAGGUGACGGAGCUGAGGACCAAGCUGAGCGCAGCGGAGGGCGCCCUGGGUGCUCUGAAGUGCGAGCGGCUGCGGAGCCAGAGCUCAGGUGGCGCCGCCCGGGACCCGAGGCGGGAAGAGGAAAGGGAAAACCGAAAUGAAGAAUUACAAGAAUUGAAGAAAGAGAAUAAGUUUUUAAAGGAAACAAAUGCUCUCGCACUGAAGAAGAAGGAGCAUUAUGAACGUGAAAUUCGGCGUCUUAACGAGGCUCUGCAGGACGUCUUGAAAAUCCCGAGCGCUCCGCCAUGGGAGGACUGUUGUGGGAAGUGCACGGGGCACAGCCACGCGGCCAUGAGAACCGAAGUGGAAGUCCUCAGGCAGCAGGUACAAAUAUAUGAAGAAGACUUCAGAAAGGAGCGAUCAGACAGGGAAAGACUCAACCGAGAGAAAGAAGAGCUGCGGCGGGUUCAUCAAGCUUCCCAGGCCCAGCUGACCAGGCUGAGUUCCCAGAUUAAAGUUUGUCAGAUGGAGAAGGAAAAACUAGAAAAGCAACUAAAACAGAUGUGUUUCCCAGGUUGCAUCUGUGGUUCAACUUUCCACCUGUGGGAUCCAUGGGUGCCAGCAGGCCCGGGCGCUGUGCAGAACCAGCAGGAGCACCCAGGAAGUCAGAGCUCCCAUUUCGACAAGUAGUGAUGGCAUUCUCUUUGGAUAGAAAUCGUGUGCAUCUCUGGAAUUUGGGCACACAAUGUUGCCCACAGAAGAAGACUCUGUUUUACCUCAGUCUCCAACUGACCACGUUCCAGAGGUGCAUGGACACGGUAAUUAUUCUUUGGGCACUGAAUCUUCAAGACACAUGAAAAAUGAAAAAUGAAUUACAAAAUUUCAGAUUGAGCUACAAUUCCUUGAACAAACAUAACAUUCUAUAUGGGUCAUUUUCAAUUACCAUACCUAACUCUACAGCCAAGGAUAUUUUUAUGUAUAAAGAACAGCAAAGUUGAUAUAGCAAAAACUGAAAAAAAGACAAUAAAGCAGACGUUUUAAACUUAUCUUGAACUGCUGUGGAUAUUGCUACAUAUGUGCAAUACGUAUUUUUGAACAUUUUCCACUGAAGGGGAUUUUCUUGAAAGAUCCAGGAAGAGGUGGCCUGCUUCUGUUGUCCCCCACAGCUGUGCAUGCCCCCAGGCAAGGUGAAGUGGACCUGGGUGGAGUUGAUUUGGAUGGUCCACCUGAGCCAGCCGGACUGCAGUGGCCCCUCCUUGCCUCUCAGGAGUAAUGCCCACUGCCCUGAUGGGAGGCCAGCCUCUACUCUCCAUGGUCUCACAGAGGCCAAGCCUCCAUCUGGGAAGACAGCUUCGUGCUCUGCUCUCUACAUUCUGGAUUUGCUCAGACACUCUCCUGACCCCUAAGCUUUUAUUAACUCUGUUUCUAAUUGUGCCAAAGUCUGAGAUCUUUUUAUUGGAAUUUUCCUAGCAGAGCACCUACCAAAAGCACGGUUUUCCAGGUUGCCUGAAAGGCUCACGCUUGGUCCUUUCCCAGGGAACUGCAGGCUCCUUUCCCAGAGCAUGAGACAAUGAUCCUUGGAGACAGGUGGACGUCAAGGCUCGGCACCUCUCCUAAGCAGCCUGGCAUGGCGCAGCAUGAGAAGGGACCAUGGUGGCCUUUGCUGCUGCUACCUGCUGCCCCAUCCCUGCCUUUUUGCAUUACCUGUUUUCUUCCUUUUCAGUCUUCAAUUCUCAUUCCUUGAAAAAUGUUUGUGAAGGAUGGAGAAGUAACGCACGACUGUGGAACAAAGAGAUGGAAACCGACUCAGGAGCUGGCUCCUGCAGGAUGGGGGAAGUGUUCUCGUGAAAGACGGUGACCUUGAAACCAUGAGUCCUCCUGGUUUACCUGGGAGCAGAGACGGGCGUCCGUCCAAUCUUCAUUCAUGGGAAAAGGCAGGAAGACACCUGCCGGGGCUUCCACACACGCUGUCAGUCAGAAGAGGCAGGCAGCUCAGGCUGCAGAGAAGUGCCUGCAGACCGAGCUCGGCCUGGAGACAGGGCCGCAGCUGUGCAUCUGGCCUGCGUUGUGGGGCCGUGUUCCGCUGAGCCAAGUCGCAGCUCGAGGAAACCUGGGGCCUCUAAGAGUGUCGCAUGUGUGUGCAUGUGUGAGCCUGCACUAAGCCACGGGCCUUGCCGAUGGUGGCGUUGCGGCCUGUCUCUCUCCUUCUGCCAACUCUCAUGGCGUGUAAAGCAAGACAACACCUCACUUAUCCUACCUGUUCCUGGGACACCUACAAGAAAGCGAGGAGGUGAAAGGCAGAGCUGGUCUCAUUUCCUCUCUCAGUGUGUUCGUGAGCCACAGGUGCCCAGGGUCCAGGUGACUGAGCAGGUGGGCCAGCCUCGGCAAAGUCCCUCAGCCCGUGUUGGGCAGCUGAGGUCUCAGGCCACUUUCAGUGGUCUGGAACCUUGUGAAUGGCCCCCACUGGGGACCAUUAAAAAGUUUCCAUUAAGUUAUUUUUAGCAGAUUACUAAACAAUUGAACCAAAGUCUGUGAUCACUUUGUCUUACGGGUUGUAGGAGGCAGGGAGGGUGUUGGAGCAGCAAG